AUGAACAACCAACAGGGAUACUACCAACAAGGUCCGCCCCAACAACAGGGCUACUACCAGCAAGGGCCUCCGCAGCAACAGGGCCAGUACCAACAAGGGCCUCCACAGCAGCAGGGCUACUACCAAAACCAACAGCAGCCCAUGUACCAGCAACAACCACCCCAGAAAGAGGAAGGUGGCUGUUGUAAAUGGUGUAUGGGAGCGAUGUGCUGUUGCUGUCUACUGGAGUUGUGCUGUGGUGAUUAA